CCGGAUUUUCUCCUCUUCUCUUUUCCCCCCUCAUAAUUUCAUUCCACGUUUAGCGUGUUCUUAAAUCGACUUCACAAGUUCAACAUGUCAGCUGCGGAUAAUCAGCCGCUCGUUGCUGAUGAGAGUGAGAAUGUCCUUGAAGAUCACGACUCUGGACAUGACGAGGAAGUGGAGUCAUCAACGCAAAGUAUAAGCAGUUCCAUUCUUCAGUACCGCCAGGAAAAUGGGAGAACCUAUCACGGAUACAAAGAUGGCAAAUACAAUGUUCCAAAUGAUGAGGAAGAGAACGAGAGACUCGAUUUGCAACAUGCUCUGUUCCUUCGAACCUUUGAUGAUAGACUUGGCUUUGCCCCUCCGUGUAAGCCUGAAGCCAAAGUCCAGCAUGUUCUGGAUGUAGGCACUGGCACUGGAAUCUGGGUCAUGGACUAUGCAGAUGACCAUCCAAGCGCGGAGGUAAUUGGAGUCGACCUGUCUCCCAUUCAGCCCAGCUUUGUCCCUCCAAAUGUCCGAUUCAUCAUUGAUGAUAUUGAAGAGGAGUGGCAAUACUCUUCAAAGUUUGACUACAUCCACAGUCGCAUGAUGAACUCUAGUGUCGCGGACUGGGAAAGCUACGCUACCAAGAUCUUUGAGAACCUGGAACCAGGUGGCUAUGCAGAGCUACAGGAGAUUGAUGUCUUUACCAAAUCCGACGAUGGCACCUUGACGCCGCAGCACAAUCUAUGGCAGUGGGCCCAGCUUAUCUACGAUGCAUCUGUCAAACUGGGAAGACCAUACUUCGACCCGAGCAACAUAAAGGACGUUCUCACCAAGGUUGGUUUUGAGGAUGUAACGGAAGCAAAGUUCAAGUGGCCAAGCAACCGAUGGCCCAAAGACAAGAAGCAUAAAGAAUUAGGCGUGUGGAACAAUGAGAAUGCGAAUUUCUUCCUUGAGGCUGUGGCGAUAGCUCCACUGACGCGGGCUUUGGGAUGGUCGAGAGAAGAGGUCACUGUUUUCAUCGCUCAAGCCAGAAAAGAAGUCAAUGACCCUCGGAUUCAUGCAUACUGGCCAAUCAUCUCGGUAUAUGGCCGCAAGCCCGCGAAAUAAUCUCAUAUUAUGCUCUCACAAGAAAGGAUCAAUCAAAACAAUUGAGAGUUGAGCACUGGAAAAUACAAGCUCGUCACGGACUGGACUCAGAUUUCUAUAUUUUUUUCAGUUACGGAAAUAAUCAUUCAUUAAUUUCUGUUGAUGGAUCAUGGAAUCGCUAAACUUUUACAACUUGGAAGUGCUCUCCUCACGGCCCUUGAGGUUGAUGUGAGGAGUGUCAUUGGCAGGUCGAGUGACAGCGUAGAAAGCAACGCCAUGCGACCUGGUGGAGAACUAAAUACAGAUCAGCUAUAGUUCGCAAAGCUAUGGGGGGAGGGGGACUGACCUGAGCCUUGGAGCCAACGUGGAAGAAGGCCCAAUCUCCAGCAACAAGAUGGUGAGUGAUACCGGUAGCCUCAUCCUAUCCGUUGUUAGUAUCAUGUACUUUCCAAGCCGCGGGGAGGGAUCUUUACAGUCACGUCAAUUUGACCACUGAGGACAUAUUUGGUCUCCUCGUAAUCGUAGGAUCCAUAUCGUGUAGGGCCAGGAACGA